AAACGUAAUCUCAUUCCCAUUAUCUUUUUGCUCAAAAGAAGGUGUCUAGAGAAACCAAUUAAGACUUUUAAGAUUGCCUCAAGAAAGACGGCUCAAUCAGCUACACCUCUACAAAUUGCCCCAGGUGUAAGCAACACUUCCUUCUCCUUUCCCCGGAAACGGAAAGAGAAUAGGAAAGGCCCAGACCCCGAGUUGAGGGAUUCGUUUUCCUCAGGUUUCUUGAUAGGCGGGGUCGGCAGGAGGAAUCCGACUGGCGGGCAGACAUGUCGCUCUCCGCUGACUCCGCUUUCUAUUGGCUUUCCUGGACUCCGCCCCCUGAGCAGGGCGGGAGAUUUGGUGUGCCCAGACAGGUCCCCAGCCCCCAGCCGGCCUCCCGCUUUCCCUACUUGUCUCUGCGACUCCGAGACCCUGCGACCCUGCUCCGCCAGUGCUUAACGGGAAUCAGGCCUUUCCGUGCUGGGGAGGAAGCCACCUCCCCUGGAGCCCCCAGUAAGCGGGGCACCGUCCGGCAGGCGCCGGGCCGCCCGAGAGGCGCCUGGCGGAGACCUAACGGUGCGUGGUGCAGCCCGUUUCCCUCUCCCGUGUAACUCGGGGUUUGUGAGGUGAGUCGGUGGCGCCCAGCUCCGUGGCCGAGCUGGGGUGUUCGUCUCGAAGAGGGCUCCCCCUCGCCGCUCCGGGCUGGGUCGUUGCCCUCUCGACGCAGCGCGAAGCCCCCGAGGACCCCCGGCGCCGCCAACUGGGGACUCUACCUGAAUUUUCCAGGUGCAGAAUGUGUAAUACCUUUAAAGGUUGGCAAUGAUGAGUACACUGGAAUUAAAGGAAGACAAGAUGCUGGAGGUUCAGUUUGUGGGAGAUGAUGAUGUUCUUAAUCACAUUCUUGAUAGAGAAGGAGGAGCUAAAUUAAAAAAGGAGCGAGCUCAGCUUUUGGUCAACACAAAAAAAAUAAUAAAGAAGCCAGAAUAUGAUUUGGACGAAGAUGACCGGGAAGUCUUAAAAGAUCAGAACUAUGUGGAAGUUUUAGGACGAGAUAUUCAAGAAUCCUUGAAAAAUGGCUCUGCUGCAGAUGGUGGGAAUAAAGUUUAUUCCUUUCAGAAUAGAAAACCCUCUGAAAAGAUGUCUAAAUUAGCUUCAGAACUAGCAAAAACACCAAGAAAAAAUGUUUCAGUGAAUUUGAAGAAUGAUCCUGAAAUUAUGAUAAACAUUCCUCAGUGUAGCAAGCGGCAGUCUCCUUCAGACAAAGUUCAGGUAAAGAACAAUGAUAAAAGUGAAUUUCUAUCAACAGCACCUAGUGGUCUAAGGAAAAGAUUAAUAGUUCCAGGGUCUCAUUCUGACAGUGAAAGUGAAUAUUCUGCUUCCAACUCGGAAGAUGAAGGAGUUGCACAAGAAUAUGAAGAGGACACUAAUGAAGCCACAUUGAGCCAAAAGAUUGCAUCUCAGAAUAGAGUAGUUUCAGCUCCUGUUUGCAAAGAAACACCUUCUAAGAAAAUGAAAAGAGACAAAACGAGUGAUUUAGUAGAAGAAUAUUUUGAAGCUCAUAGCAGUUCAAAAGUUUUAACCUCUGACAGAACACUGCAGAAACUAAAGCGAGCUAAACUGGAUCAGCAAACUUUGCAUAACUUAUUGAGCAAGGUUUCUCCUUCCUUUUCUGCUGAACUUAAACAACUAAACCAACAGUAUGAACAAUUAUUUCACAAAUGGAUGUUGCAGUUACGCCUGGGGUUCAACAUUGUGCUUUUUGGUUUGGGUUCUAAAAGAGAUUUACUAGAAAGGUUUCGAUCCGCUGUGCUGCAAGAUUCCAUUCAUGUUGUCAUCAAUGGCUUCUUUCCUGGAAUAAGUGUGAAAUCCAUCCUGAAUUCUAUAACAGAAGAAGUCCUCGAUCAUAUGGGUACUUUCCGCAGUCUACUGGAUCAGCUAGACUGGAUAGUAAACAAAUUUAAAGAAGAUUCUUCUUUAGAACUCUUCCUUCUCAUCCACAAUUUGGAUAGCCAAAUGUUGAGAGGAGACAAAAGCCAGCAAAUUAUUGGACAGUUGUCAUCAUUACGUAACAUAUGCCUUAUAGCAUCUAUUGAUCACCUCAAUGCCCCUCUCAUGUGGGAUCAUGCAAAGCAGAGUCUUUAUAACUGGCUCUGGUAUGAAACUACUACAUACAGUCCUUAUACUGAAGAAACCUCCUAUGAGAAUUCUCUUCUGGUUAAACAAUCUGGAUCAUUACCCCUAAGUUCCCUAACUCAUGUCUUACGAAGCCUUACCCCUAAUGCAAGGGGGAUUUUCAGGCUACUAAUAAAGUAUCAGCUGGAUAACCAGGAUAACCCUUCUUAUAUUGGACUUUCUUUUCAAGAUUUUUACCAACAGUGUCGAGAGGCAUUCCUGGUCAACAGUGAUCUGACACUUCGGGCCCAGCUAACUGAAUUUAGGGACCACAAGCUUAUAAGAACAAAGAAGGGAACUGAUGGAGUGGAGUACUUGUUAAUUCCUGUGGACAAUGGAACACUGACUGAUUUCCUGGAAAAGGAAGAAGAGGAGUCUUGAAGCUAUCCUUGACUCUUGAAAUUUCGUGGAAGGGUUGUUGGACCCCAGCUGCUACUCCUCUGAAGUGUUGUUGUUUACAUCUAACACUAGACUCUUUUUUCCAGUGUGUAAGACUUAAAAUUGGGAGGGGGAAUGUCAUCCAUUAGAACCUUGAUUAGCCUGGCUGGCACACCACCUCUAGUACUAUGCAAGGGUCCGCAAGUAGAAAACGUGCCUUUCAUUCAUUACCUCUCUGGAGACUUCAUGCUGGAAUGAACAGUGUGCUCAGGGACUAUUUGGAGCUGGUUGUUCUUGAAUUCUUUUAUACUAGAGAUGAUAUUAUUCCUAAUUUUUUGAGGACCUUUUCAGCACCCCCAGAGCUGUCUGCAAAUGUGUUUGUUCCAAAAUAUGGAAGUACAAAAACAUUGGCAUCACAUAAAUCUACUUUAUUUGCUGUCCUGUUAGAGCUGAUGAGUAUAAAGGAGAAGGCAGAUCCUCCUCCUGUUCUUGAAAGGCUUAGCAAAAGGUAUGUAAGACUGGGGAAGAGUAGGUGACCUAGCCUUCUCUUUUUGGAUUUAGACUACACGCUGGCGGGGGUAGGGAGGAAGAGGGCAGGACACUGUUGCGUUGCGAGAGUGGGAAAAGCAUAAUGAGUACAUAAGGUGUAGACCCACCUUAGAAAGCACAGGAGUAACCGUGAUACUUAGGACAGUUAGUGUCUGUGCCACCAUCCUCUUGAUACCAGUGAGAAGCCAGGCUAUCCUGAGUUAUGGUUUAGUUGUGGUUUUUAAGAACAUAAAAAUUCAAUUAUUCUUGUACUGACACUGUUUUCUUCAGUACACGCAAGUGAGUAGCAUAUAAUUUCUCUAUCAAGUAGACCUAAAACUCACUGUAAGACAUUUCAGUUUUUUUCUUAAAAGUAAUAAUUUCAAGCCUUCUAAAUAUCUACACAAGUCGUCUUCCUUAGGAAGAGAAAAAGCUAACCUUGGCCACUGGUCAGCUUGUAGUCUUCACAUACUCCCUUAAAAUUAUUUCAUGCUUGGAAAUAAAAUUCUUCAUUAAAAUACCACUGUAAUAAGAUAGGAGUGAAAAAGCUAAUACAGUGUGUAGUUUAAACCUUUCAUGAAAAAUUUCCCCAACUGCUCAGAGUUGAAAGUAAUUUGUGCCAUAUAUUGUGUUAAAUCCAUGUAUGAGAGUUUAAUCUUAAAUACAAUCAAAAUAUUUAAAUCUGUACAUGAAUUUGAUUCUAAAAAUUUUGUUACCAAAGGAUAUUCCGUGAAAAGGGAGUUUUUCCUUCCACUCUCUUAUACCAACCACGUAACAGGUGUUUAUUCCUCCAGAGGUAUUUUCUCUGCACACUGAAGAGUAUGUAUCUCUCCUUUUAAAAACACAAAUGGUUGCAUAUGAUUUGUGCUGUCUGCACCUUGCUUUUUUUUGCUUAAUAUGUCUAGUUUAUAACUUAUAGUAUAAAAAAGUAUAUAAAAUCUUUAAUGACCUAAUAUGUAAGUUUUGCAUUUGCCCUUAAAUAUCUACUGGUUUAUUUUUAUAAUUUUUGUGUCCAUACUAUUUGCAAGCAGUUGUAUCAAUAGUCUAUUGAUAAAUAAAAAGCCAAUUUGGAUAGAA